CUGAAAAAAAACACCUGAGACUUAAUAAGUCUCCCCACCAUUAAAGACUUGAUUUACAUCCCAUUAGAACAAAUGGGAUUUUUAUUUUAUUUUAUUUGAGUGUCCUGCCUCUAAGUUGUCUGUCCAGAAGAAUUCUCCUCUGACAAAUAUGUACGGUGACCCUGAUGUAGAGAAUGAUCCAGUGAGGAGCUGAGUCCUAAAAUGAUCAGUUUGAUCAUGGAUUGGAUUCAUCAGUGUUUGAUCAGUGGGAUUGGUGGACGGGUUGGAUCAGGUGACUUCCUCACUCUCUAACAGCUCAGUUCCAACUUUCAAAUGAAACCAGUUUAUUGUUGAUGAUGAAAACAGGUCCUAAUCCGACCAGGUUUAAUGUCGGGUCCGUAUGUGGACAGUGAACAACAAUCCUGGACUGGACUGAAGACACCCUGCUGCUGAUGUAAAGACAGGUAAUAAAGGAGCAGUUUCUCCCCUCUGCAGGAGGAGGAGAGAGAUAAGCAGGAGAUGAGUGUGAAGAAGGAGGAGAAGUCCUGUGGUUUUACCGGCACCGGUCCGAGUCCCCCAUUCCUCCCCACCGCUGACUCUCUGCACCACAUUCACAUUCACUCCGUUUUUAUUUAUUUAUUUACAAGCUCCGGAAUCGAUUAUCGAUUUAACUUUGUCCUGUUUAACUUGUGCCCUGACUGGCUAGUUUAAACCAGCGGGAUCGAACCCUAAAUGAAACUGAACCGCACACGUAGCCUUGGAGCUGGACCGGAGCGCAGUCCAAGGAGCCACGAGUCGGAGUGAGUGCGCACGGCAGCGCGUCCCCGUCAUUUCUCCGCAGUUUGCAGACAGCGCGCAGGUGGAGGAGCAGAGGAGGAGCAGAGGAGGAGCAAGGAGGAACGGCCGCCAAUGUUCUGAACACACAGGCUUCCCCCCCCGACGGACCGGUUGGUUCUAUUUCCAUCCUCCUGGAUCGGGGUUCUCGUGACUUCGCUGUGGUUCCUGGAUCUCAGUAGCGAUUUUGAAAGAAAAGUUAGUUUUUUAAAAAAAUGCAGCAGCGUUUCCCUCCUGUUCCUCCUGCUUCCGUCUCCUCCUGCAGCUCGGUGCUGGAUCCUCCUCUGUGCCUCCGUGUCCACGCUUCUCCUGACAAAUAGAUGCCAGUUGAUCCCUCCUGAGACUCGGUUCCGUCAGACCAGAGAGUGGGUUUCUGGAUCACACACACACACACACGCGCGGUGACAUCGUUCCAGAGGGAUUUCCGUCUGUUCCAGUGAAGAUGGAAUUCCUGGGACUGUACUUCCUGCAGCUGGUUCUCGUCGGAGUUCCUCCUCUGGCUCAGUCCAUGGCCGGCAGAGACUGCCUGCGUGCGGGAGACUCCUGCUCCAGCGACGACACCUGCAGUCCUCGUCUGCGGACCCUGCGGCAGUGCGUGGCCGGAGACGGCAGUAUGAAGCUGGGGCCCGGGGCCAGGAACCACUGUGAGAACGCCAUGACGGCCCUGCUGUCCACGCCACUGCACGGCUGUCAGUGCAAACGAGGCAUGAAGAAGGAGAAGAACUGUCUGAGCAUCUACUGGAGCCUCCACCAGUCUGUGCUGCACGGUCUGAGUCUGGUGGAGAGUUUUCCCUACGAACCGGAGGAGAGAGGCUUCGACUACGUCCGUCUGGCCUCCAUUGCUGCAGAGUCCGAGGUGACGACGGUGAACCGCUGCCUGGACGCUGCUAAAGCCUGCAACAUUGACGAGACCUGUCAGAAGCUCCGCACCGAGUACGUGUCGGCCUGCAUCCAGCCCUCAGCUCGCUCCGGACCCUGUAACAGACCCAGGUGUAACAAAGCUCUGAGGAAGUUCUUCGAUCGGGUUCCUCCCGACUACACCCACGAGCUGCUCUUCUGUCCCUGCUCUGACACGGCCUGUGCUGAGAGACGCAGACAAACCAUCGUACCGUCCUGUUCUUACGACGACAAGGACAAACCCAACUGUCUGGCCCAGCUUAGGAUCUGUAAAGCUGACUACGUCUGCAGGUCCCGUUGGGCACAGUUCCAGUACGACUGUCAACCCUCGGAGCAGAGCGCCAGCGGCUGCAAACAGGAGAACUACGGAGCGUGUCUGCUGGCCUACACCGGCCUGAUCGGAAGUACAAUAACACCCAACUAUCUGGACAACUCCACCUCCAACACUGGACCCUGGUGCUCGUGCGCUGCCAGUGGAAACCACCGGGAGCAGUGCAGCGACUUUCUCUCCUUCUUUCAGGACAACUUCUGCCUAAAAAAUGCCAUUGUAGCUUUUGGAAAUGGAUCAGACGUGAAGACCAGUGGUGGACAGUCUGGAAUUCCCAGUCCAGGGUCAGAGAACCAGAUCCCUUCGCUGGUGACCACAGCUCCAAGAGUCUCCAUGGAACCAGAGCAGAACAUCAGAGCACAGAUUCCCACUCAGGUAAACGAGAACGACAGAUUGUGGGGAGAAGACAUUGACUCCACUCUUACAUCUCCGGGUCUGUUGGACGGUAGCGAUGAUCCACUCAGUCUGUCCGUCCUCCUGCUCCUCAGCUGGAUGACCUCCGUGCUGUUGCUGCUCCUCUCUGACUUCUGAAGGAGAUGCGGGGCAAACAUCCACAGCAGUGGUACUGAAGACAAAAGGACAUACCGACAUGAGGACAGAGCCAUUUCUAUGUGUCAAUCAACAGAGGGUGCGGUGCUGACAGUUAGCCCCGACCCCAACUCCAUCACCAAAUCACACUUUUAUCACUUUUUGUUGUGAGUGAGUGGAAGCAGAUGUGUUGUGCUGUGUUGUACAGCCUUGUCCUGAACCUUCAGAACAUCCAGCAGAGAGAGGAGGCGAUGGAGGAGGAGCUGCUGCCUGGGAGGAGGAGGAGGAGGAGGAGGAGGAGGAAAUAAGAUGACAAAGAGAAAAAGAAGUGAAGAAAAAAAGCAGGAAAGUGGAAGACCAAACAGAAGGAAGGAAAAGGGAAGGACAGGUAACAGGAAGUCCACCUCCUCAUUUGUGGCCUCACAAACAUAAAAAGUAAAGUACUUACUGAAACCAAAAGACACAAACACUGAGUUUGUUCCCAAUGUAAAAGUUCUGUGUGAAGAACAGUGACUGGUACUGAUAAGAAUAAGUGUACAGUGAAACAGAGACGCUGAUAAAACAGUGGCAGAAAAAUGUAUUUAAAAAAGAUCUAUGGAUAUAAAUAUAGAG